CGCGCGCGGAGCCGCUGUCCCCGCCGCAGUUCCCGGUGCCGCCGCCGCCAUCGCCGGUCAUGGUGCUGGACCUGGACCUGUUCCGCGCCGACAAGGGCGGAGAUCCCGCCAUGGUGCGGGACAUGCAGCGCAAGCGCUUCAAGGACCCCGCGCUGGUGGAUGCGCUGGUGCGAGCGGACGGCGCCUGGCGGAGGUGCAGGUUUCGUGCCGACAACCUGAACAAGCUGAAGAACCUGUGCAGCAAAACCAUCGGGGACAAGAUGAAGAAAAAGGAGCCAGUAGGGACAGAUGAAUCAGUACCAGAGAGUGCACAGAACCUGGAUGAACUCACAGCUGAUGUCCUGGGGGUGAUGUCUCCAGGUAUCCAGAUAAAAAAAAUCCGGCUGCUCAUUGAUGAGGCCAUCCUGGAGUGCGACUCUGAGCGUCUGCGGCUGGAGGCUGAACGCUUUGAGACUCGGGAGAUUGGGAACCUUCUCCACCCCUCGGUGCCCAUUAGCAACGAUGAGGAUGUGGACAACAAGGUGGAGCGGGUGUGGGGUGACUGCAGCUGCAGGAAGAAGUAUUCCCACGUGGAUCUGGUGGUGAUGGUGGAUGGCUAUGAGGGGGAAAAGGGCGCCGUGGUGGCUGGCAGCCGCGGCUACUUCCUUAAGGGCCCGCUGGUGUUCCUGGAGCAGGCACUGAUCCAGUACGCGCUGCAGAGCCUCCGUGCCCGGGGGUACACCCCGGUGUACACCCCCUUCUUCAUGCGCAAGGAGGUGAUGCAGGAGGUGGCCCAGCUCAGCCAGUUUGAUGAGGAGCUUUACAAGGUGAUCGGGAAGGGCAGUGAGCGGGCAGAGGACAGCUCCAUCGAUGAGAAGUACCUGAUUGCCACGUCAGAGCAGCCCAUCGCCGCCCUGCACCGCGACGAGUGGCUGCGGCCCGAGGACCUGCCCCUCAAAUAUGCGGGGCUCAGCACCUGCUUCCGCCAGGAGGUGGGAUCCCACGGCCGGGACACGCGCGGCAUCUUCCGCGUCCACCAGUUCGAGAAGAUUGAGCAGUUUGUCUACUCCUCCCCCCAUGACAACAAAUCCUGGGAGAUGUUUGAGGAGAUGAUGGCCACAGCUGAGGAAUUCUACCAGUCCCUCGGGAUUCCCUACCACAUCGUCAACAUCGUCUCGGGCUCCUUGAACCACGCAGCCAGCAAAAAGCUGGAUCUGGAGGCCUGGUUCCCCGGCUCUGGCGCCUUCCGCGAGCUCGUCUCCUGUUCCAACUGCACGGACUACCAGGCCCGGCGCCUGCGCAUCCGCUAUGGCCAGACCAAGAAGAUGAUGGACAAGGUAGAGUUUGUGCACAUGCUGAAUGCCACCAUGUGUGCUACCACCCGCACCAUCUGCGCCAUCCUGGAGAACCACCAGACCGCUGAGGGCAUCCGCAUCCCUGAGAAGCUCCAGAACUUCAUGCCCCCAGACCUGCGGGAGCUCAUACCAUUUGUCAAGCCAGCACCCAUCGAGCAGGAGCUCUCCAAGAAGCAGAAGAAGCAGCAGGAAGGAGGGGGCAAGAAGAAGGCAGGGGGAGGACGUGACCAGGUGCUGGAGGAGCAGAUGAAGAACAUGGGGGUCUGAGGGUGUCCCCCCGCACCCCAAGGACUUUGGGGGCCUCCCGAGUCAUCUCACCUGCAUCGCCAGGCUGUGCCCUUCACCAUCGUCUUCGCUUCGGAGGGGAGUCACCGUCCGUCCCCCCCGUGGUGCAAAGAACUGACACUGUCAGGGCACUGCCCCUCUCCCUGUGUGUCCCCCCCUACCCCGCUGAGUGGAGCCGGGAUCCGCCAUGUGUCCGUCCCCCUCACGCUGAGUGGUGCCGGGGACACCCGUGCCCAUGGAACAUGUCCCUCCUCCAUCCAAAAUAAAGCCAAGACCUGCUGA